AGUACUUUCUCCGUUAGGGUCAUGCAUCCGAAACCAUGCGUUUAGGUGCAGCCGUGUGCACGGCAUGACACCAGAGAGGAACGAGCAGUACAGGUGAAAUAACACUUGUGUACCCCAAGGCGACAAAGCUUCUGUUUUUGUGCCUUCGGCUUGCCGACACCGGCGUCUACCAUGGGAAAAGACGCAAGAGCAAAGCGCACGUUUCGAGAAGAAUGGAGAAAGGACAAGAAACUGAGCGGAUGGAUUUCGUCACGUGACGGCGGAACGACUGCUCACUGCAAGUACUGCAGUUGCAACAUUCGACCCCACUACAGUGAUCUGUUGAAGCACGCAGAAACCAAAAAGCACCGCGAGUGCGCAGUAAUCCCAAGUUCGCAACAAAAACUGCCGCAGCUUCUAGCGUCUUCGAGUCGAACGUACUAUGAAAAGGCUCGCCGAGAGUUAAGGAUCGCCUUGUACACUGCAGUGCACACUUCCAUAAAUGCUGUCGACGAACUUGGUGAGAUUCUGCAUUCCGAAUUCAAUGAUUUUGAUCUGCACAGAACGAAGUGCACGGCUAUAAUUACGAAUGUUCUCUUCCCGUACUUCACGGAAAACAUGGACAAACAACUGAACGGCUCCAGCUAUUCUCUAAUGGUGGAUGAAUCAACCGAUGUAUCCACGACAAAGCAACUUUGCAUGGUUGUGCGGUUUCUGAGUUUAGAAGAAAACAGGAUUGCAACCACCCUUCUUGAUCUCGUAGAGCUGUCUGAUGGAACGGCAGAAACGCUUCACGACACGGUAUUGAAGACGUUGGACAAGCACGGCCUAUCGAUCAAGAACUGUCUCGGACUCUGCACCGAUGGUGCAAAUGCCAUGUGCGGCAAACACAAUUCUCUGUUCAGUCGUCUUAGUGAGGACAACAAAGACUUGAUUCUGAUCAAAUGCUCUUGCCACAGCCUGGACCUUGUGGCAUCCAAGUCGAUGGAGGCGAUUCCUUCUGCGGUUGAGCACUUAGUGCGAGAAACCUACAACUACUUUGCACACAGCAGCUGCCGGCGAGAUGCUUAUAAGAGACUGUAUGCCAGUAUGACAGUGGAAGAUGAAAGUGCAAAUCCACCGCCCAAGAUUCUGUCGCUUUCGCAGACGAGAUGGCUUGCUAUUGCAGACUCUAUAGAAAGAAUUUUGGCGCAGUACCAGUCUCUCGAAGAGUUUUUUGAGAAAGCAGAAGAUCGCAGCUACAACGUGCGCAUUUUACGAGAGAUGUAUCGAGACAGAAAAAAUUAUGUUUACCUCGUGUUUCUUGCCUCAGUUCUCCGUAACGUUAGGUGAGUGAACAAAAUGUUCCAAACAAACACAACUGACCCACUGGUUGUCUUCCAAGAGCUAGAAAAUUUGUAUUUGGAAAUUCUUAGGCGGAUUUUGAAUCCAUCAGUUUUGAGGCACAACACAACGGCAAGUCUGCUGUCGCUAGACCUGGCAAAAAUGAAGUCGAUUUUCCUGCAACCAGAGGUAGUGGACCUAGGUGACGUCUUCAGAGAGAAGAUUUCACUAGUCCCUAUUGAAGACCAACGGGCCGUGAGGGAGCGCUGUUUCCAAUUCUUGAGGCAAAUGGCGAUGGGACUGCAGCAGCGACUUCCAAAUGCCUCCUCUGCACUUCGAAGACUGUGUGCCAUAAAUCCCGAUGGCAUAGAAAGUGCUAAGAGCCGUGAAUGCAUAAUGAAGCUACCGCUGCAUUUUUUUGGAUGUUCCUCAAUCGAACUGGAGUCUGAAAUACGCCAGCUGCAGAGUGUUAGCGGUGCACUUGAUCGCGCAUCAUGUUUGACUUUCUGGCACGCAGCGGCAUCGUACAAGGACCCUUGCGGCGAAUGCCCUUUUCAACACCUGGCGCAAGGAGCACUGAAAAUUUUGACCCUUCCAAUUUCUAACGCUGAUGCAGAGCGCGUGUUCUCUUGCGUGAACUUGACGAAAACAGAGAUCCGUAACAAAAUGAAGCUGGACUUGCUCAUGGCGAUUCUGCGAAUCAAAUUUGGGCUACGACUUCAAGAAAAAACAGCAUCAUCGUUUGACGUUCCUGCUGAGUUGUUGAAUAGAAUGUGCCAAAAUUACUCCGGCAUGAACACUAUCUACUCUAGAUAAACUACGCGGACUGAACUUUUAUUUAUUUGCAACGUACCUGAUGCUUGAAGGCCAAGCAAGAGAACCAAAUUUCCUUGCUCUUUAUUUACUCUGUGUUCUUGUGUUGAUUCAAAAUGAUAUUAUUUAUUGUUCAUUAAUAAAAGUUGCUUAUAAUAAUGGUA